GUGAAAACAUCAUCAACGGAGCACAAACAGUAAAUCUGAAAUAGCCCAUUAGAGCCAUUAAAGUUAGUUACAAGGUGUUUGUUGCUGUGACGAUGGUGAGCGUCUUCCUGAGGAUGAUGAUGACUUUAACUCGACCAAAAGAAAUAAUGAAGCAGACGAGGAAGAUGAUCUACAGCAAACCUCCCAGAAACAAGAUUGGAGCCGCACAAAGUUUCUUGGUCAUGUCACUGUUUGCAGUGGCCAUGUUGACUCCAGCUGCCUGGGUCCUUCAUCACCUGCCACAGUACCGCCAGCAGUCCAAAGAGACGCCUAGAGACUGAUCCUUAUCUUCUUCAUCCUCCUCUUCCUCACCAUAUCAAUAUAUUCUAUACUGUAAUCAAUAAAUGUGUCACAUUUGAUCAUC